CUAAGCUGGUGCAGUGCGACAACGGGGACGAUUCACCGUUGUAGAUAACGACGGAACAAUACAAAAAGCGUGUAAAUUAUUUUAGGACUUGGCCGCUGAGUUUGUAUUUUGACAGUGCAGCCUGUCGAUAACACGAUUCCCGUGCUACUGGGUUUAAAAAUAUACAAAAACCUAAGUACUAGUACGUACUUACUUAGCUAGCUGAUAUGCUAGGUGAUUAAAGCUAAUGUUGCCUUGAAGGACUAUCGGAAGUACUCGAGUGUAUGGAUAGAAUUGAGCUUUAGUAAAUAGUAGUUUGACAGAGGGACCCUAAAGUCAAGAUCUACUUUUUCUUAAAUAUCUUACAGAAUUGGUCAAAUAGCUGCUUUAUUCACAAUACUUGUGCAAGACUUGACAACUUAUUUAAAAGUGAGCAAAUUGUUCAUGGGUAUAAACCAUACAAUUUAUCCUGACAUCGCAACCUAACAAGUAAUUCGCCUAAUUUGGAUAAGAAGGCAGCACAAAACAACAACUGAGCAAUACUAUGCGACUGACCGCAUCAUUGUCCGUCGUGACGCAUGUUAUGGGCUUGUGAUUAGGGGUUUACCAGUAGUACCUGAAGGCAGCAGAUCCUGUCCCGCAAAGUUAGCUAGCAGUAGCAAUGGAUGCAGCUAGCCGAUAGGAGAAGACCGCAGCAUCAGCAUCAUCCAUACACGAUGACAUAAAACAGGCACCAGCUUAGUUCACUGUACGAGACGACGGGGAGGAAUAUCUCUGGAACCAAAUAAAGAUGAGCCGCUUCUGCUCGGACAACAACAACUUCCCCUAUGACAACAACGUCCUAGUUUUGGACAUGGUGCUGGGCUCUCUGUGGGGAGUACCCCAGCCCAUAAACUGGGACAAUGUAGCCAAGCUAGUUCCAGGAUUCACUCCCAAGGAGUGUGCCCGUCGAUUUGAAGAGCUGAAAAACACGGGGGGUUUUCCUCAUGUGGACAACCAAUGUAAUGCCCUGACAGAAGGAGGUACCUCCCCUUCAGACUGCCUGUCCACACUGCUGGGCACUGGGGAGAUGGAGACGGGUAGCAGCCAGAGCACAGGCAAAGUUACAGGCUCCAAAUCGACGUUCUCAGGAAGGGCUGGUGCUGUGGAGAAGAAAGAGAAAAGAGUAUCAGCAGAGGAGGAUGACAGACCUCAGAAGCCACGAGAUCCCAACAUGGUCAUCCAUGUGUGUGAUGAGACCAAGAACCUGAAGCAGGACUUCACAUGUCCCAGAGAUCUUCUGGUUAAAGAGAUGCGUUACUUUGCUGAGUACUUGUCUGUGGACCCCCAGAGAUGGGAAGAGGUGGACAUCUCUGUUCACUGUGACGUGCAGAUCUUUGACUGGCUCAUGAACUACGUCAGGAGGAACUCUGCAGGAGAGGGAAACAAGGACAAACCCCGGCUCGAGCCCAGCAAUGUGAUCUCAAUCCUGAUCUCCUCCGAGUUCUUGAAGAUGGAUACGUUAGUGGAGGAGUGUAUCCAGUACUGCCACAAACACAUGAGUGCCAUCGUGGCUACACCCUGCAACAUGAACUGCAUCAACAGCAACCUGGCAACACGCAUCGCCGAGCUCUUCAACCACAAUGAGGCAGACGACAUCAGGGACAAAAAAGACAAGUUCAAGAGCAAAUUGUUCCAGAAGAAAAUUGAGCGUCUCUUUGAUCCCAUCUAUCAAAACAGAGAUUCACCGGGGAACGCCUCCACUCUCUACAGGUGUGGUCUGUGCCUUAAAAUGCUGACCAAAGACACAGAGAGGAAGAUUUCUUGUGUGCCAGGGAAAAUCAACAUUGACACCCAAGGAGAGAUCAUCUACACACACACUAGACAGAAGAGCUGGGAUGUGCAUGAAUACAUCACUGGUCUGUAUGAGGAGUUCAAGUCCUGGGUCCUGGUCUACUGGAGAAUCUGGGGUACCGUCAACUACCUCACCUGUUCCAGAUGCCAACAGGUGUUUGUGUGUGCGGAGCUGACCCACUGCAAGUACCACCCAGACAGUGUGCUGUACCCCGGCCUGGGUGCCGAGAAAGGCUUGCAUGGCGCAGGAAUCUACCCCUGCUGCAACCAGAGGGUUCUCCGCUUUGACCCCACUGGUAUUCCCAAGGGCUGUAAGAUGCGAGACCACAUAGUGAACGUACCCGAUGAGGAGAACUGUGAUGAGGUAACCUCAGCCCAGACCAGGGUCCUGAAUGACCUGCUGCUGCACAGAGACGCAGUGUGUUUGUCGAACACACCACCUGCAGACGGUCCGGAGGAGAGUCCAUCCAGUGCAGAAAAGGUUCAGGACUGUGAUGUGCUCUUGGAGCCAACACUCCUUGGACCUCUGAGAGGAGACGGCAGCACUUUUUCCCUUUUGAAAAACUGGAGUCUGCAACUGAGGCAGCAGUCUCUCCUGUCAGAGGAUGAGGAGUACACCACGGGGUCAGAGGUCACUGAAGAUGAGGUGGGGGAUGAAGAGGAGCUGUCCAAGAAACAAGCUGCCAAGAAGGCCAAAAAGGCCCAAAGACCUCUGAAAAAACAAAUGUCCUCUCCAAACUUCCAACGCAAAGACAAACCCGAGAAAUCACAGACCAGGGACAACACACCUUUCACAGUGAGCGUCCAGAAAAGUAAGUGGGACAGCUCUCGCUCCAUGCGCUACAACCAGGACGCUCAGAGAGAAGAAGACCAGCGUCGCAUGGUGGAGAUCGUCGGCCACCUGACUAAGAUGAGGUUUGGAGACCAGGAACAGAGCAAAUCUAAGGACACUAAAGAGCCUGCAGGGGGAAUCUACUCCAGGCUGGAGGCACAAUUUAAGAGUGCCUCUCAAGCCAGACAGAGUUCAGAGAAGACACCCAGAUCUAAAAUACGCUACGCUCAGAUCCGGACAACAUAAAGGACUCGAUGGGGAAAAAGGCCGCUGAUCUGUUGAAGAGAAAAACAUGAGAACUGACUAAGAGUCAAUAGAACGAAGAGGAAGAGGCGAGAUCCUUCUGUGAGGGAUCAGGACAGAGAAAAACACCUCCGACUGGCAGCCCCUGCAGCACGGCCACCACUUAUAACCUCGCUGUGGACUCUCCUCCCCCUCAUCCCCUGUCAGUCCUUUACCCUCCCCUCUCUUCUUAACUCAGGUGACUACGUGUGGAUCACCAUCAACUGCGUCCUCUGUCACUCAGCUCGCUGUUUGUUUUUGCAGCUGUGACCAGUCCCUGAAAAACAAAGAGAACUCUGGAUCCAGCUCAGCUCUUAGGAAAUGCACUUUGACUGAUCUCAGUGUUUCUUCAGGAUUUUUGUUUUGGAGCCAGACAAGCGGGGGUUUCUACAAAAGACAACAUGAGAAAUGUUCAAGUAGGAAGAGAACUCAAUUCUCUUCCUACUUGAAGAUCUGAAUUGUUUAGAUCCAGUAAAGGCCACACUAAAGAGAGUAAAACACUAGUUUUAGAGAGAAGGCCGGAUCCCCCAUCUGCUAAAGGCCAGUUUGGGGAUAAAAUGUUCACUGCGUCAACACAACUUCAGCUUGUUUCAGUUAAUCUGCUCAUCACAGUGCACCAGUACAUUUAACUCUGCAGUAACUCUCAUUGUCUUCUGUGGGGAAGUCCAGCCACUGGAUGAGACAGACGCUACAGUUUUUGACAAAUAUUCACCCCAGCUCUGGUGGGGAUGGAGCUCUAGUCAUUUCUAUGUGUACUGGAAUGCGAGUGUACUGUUCAACACUGGGACCAAUAAAACAUGAAUGGCACUGAACC